GAUUCGAGACCCGGGAAAAGUCACGCCUGAGUGUAGAGGCGAAAGACCGAGCGGUCCUUGUGAACGAGACGCUAUUUACAUAUUCACCCUUAGGGUUUAAAGGCGUGUGUACCAGCAGAGAUUAGUGUGACAUACCUCGGCACAUUGGCAGUGGACUACUCUAACCGCACAUUCAGUCUCUGCGUUUUUGCAAUAGCUAAUCUACUUCUCCAGAGACAGGAUAGAGAGGAAGAAAUAAAAAAAAAACGACUGAAAUAGUGAUGCCAUCCAACAAAUACUCCUCCGCUAUCAUGGCGGAAAGCGACAAGAUGACUGCCACGGCUGCUGUGAAUGGUGACAUGUCGGUGGGAGAGGGAUUGUCAGAGCACAACAGCAGUCUGGAGAUGACCAAUGAGAACAGCCCACUCACUGCGGCAGAGCCACCUUCACCUUUCUGCCCCAAACAGAACGGAGGCGCAGCCUCACCCGCAGAUGAGAGUGAGAACAGCAUCAGAAGAAAGAGAUCUCGUAAGCGCUCUGACACAGAGGAAGACAGUGCCUGGGAUUCCUCCUACAGUGAGGAAAAGGCUGACGUUGGGUCCGGUUGUGAGACGGGUCUGCGGCAAAGGCCUCGUCCAAGGACAAUUUUCCAGGCAGGACUGACAGCUCACAGUAAACCCUGCAACAGAGAGAGGGGACAUAGCAAACAGGAUCAAAACAACUUGGUAUCUAGUGUUCCUGAGGGUCCUGCACUAGAACUCAUGGAACAGGACUCUAAAGACUCUGCACAGAGCAGCACCACAUCCAUUUCAACAACUGACACAGUCAGCCAACCUGAGUACAAGGACAAUAAAGGCUUUGGUAUUGGAGAGUUAGUCUGGGGCAAAAUAAAGGGCUUUUCUUGGUGGCCAGGGAUGGUGGUGACCUGGAGAGCAACAGGAAAGAGGCAGGCCUCCCACGGCAUGCGCUGGCUACAGUGGUUUGGUGAUGGAAAAUUCUCAGAGGUGUCUGCUGACAAACUCGACUCAAUCACAGCCUUCCCAAAGUUUUUCAACCAGUCAUCCUACACUAAGCUGGCCUCCUACCGCAGAGCAAUCUUCCAGGCCCUGGAGGUGGCUAGUAUACGAGCAGAGAAGACUUUUCCUCCAUCUGAGUCAGACAGUCUUGAAGAACAGAUAAAGCCCAUGCUCGACUGGGCUCAUAACGGCUUUCUGCCCAAAGGUCAGGAGGGCCUGAAACCUAGAGAGAACGCAGCUGAGUACUGUGUUUUCCCCCUGGCCUCAGAGAGCUCAGUGCUGCUAGACCCCAUCCCUCCAGAGUUCCCCCCCUCUGCCAAGAGACCUCGACUCAGCCUCUGUAAGGCCAAACCUGGCACUGAGGAUGUCUACAGCAGAGAACAAAUGGUCAAUGAAGUUUUGAAGAAUCACAGAAGUAUAGAAGAGUUCUGUCUCUCUUGUGGAAAGACGAGAGUGGCGACCUUCCACCCGCUGUUUGAAGGAGGGCUUUGCCUAACAUGCAAGGAUGUUUAUUUGGAAAUCUCCUACAUGUACGAUGACGAUGGCUACCAGUCGUACUGCACUGUGUGCUGUGGCGGCAGAGAGGUGCUGCUCUGUGGAAAUGCCAACUGCUGCAGGUGUUUCUGUGUGGACUGUCUGGAUAUAUUAGUGGGAGCAGGAGCGGCUAACAGCGCUCGUGAUCUGGACCCAUGGCGCUGCUACAUGUGUCAGCCUCUGCAGCAGUACGGCGUGUUAAAGAAACGCCACGACUGGAGCCUGAAACUACAAGAGUUCUUCGUCAAUGACAGUGGACAGGAGUUUGAAAGUCCAAAAAUUUACCCUGCAGUCCCAGCAGAGCAGAGACGUCCAAUCAGAGUCCUUUCACUGUUUGAUGGCAUUGCAACAGGUUAUCUAGUGCUUCGAGACUUGGGCUUCAAGGUUGAUGUGUACAUCGCAUCAGAAGUAUGUGAGGACUCGAUUUCAGUGGGAGUUGUCCGGCAUGAAGGAAGAAUCCAGUAUGUGCACGACGUUCGCAACAUCACCAGAAAAAACAUUGCUGAAUGGGGGCCGUUUGAUUUGGUGAUUGGUGGAAGUCCCUGUAAUGACCUUUCUAUUGUCAACCCUGCCAGGAAAGGCCUGUACGAGGGGACCGGACGACUGUUUUUUGAGUUCUAUCGCCUCUUGAGUGAAGCGAAACCGAAGGAAGGGGAAGACAGACCUUUCUUCUGGAUGUUUGAGAAUGUGGUCGCCAUGAGUGUCAAUGAUAAGAGAGACAUCUCACGAUUCCUGGAGUGUAAUCCAGUGAUGAUUGAUGCCAUCGAGGUAUCAGCUGCUCACAGGGCACGUUAUUUCUGGGGAAACCUGCCAGGAAUGAAGAGGCCUCUGUGUUCAUCUGGGAUGAAUAAAUUAGAGCUUCAGGACUGUUUGGAACAUGGCCGCGUUGCUAAGUUUGGUAAGGUACGCACCAUCACAACACGGUCCAACUCCAUCAAACAAGGCAAAGACCAGCACUUCCCUGUCAUGAUGAACGGCAAAGAGGACAUCCUGUGGUGCACAGAGCUCGAGAGGAUUUUUGGCUUUCCUGUCCACUACACUGAUGUGUCCAACAUGGGCCGUGGUGCCAGGCAGAAGCUACUGGGACGGUCUUGGAGUGUUCCUGUAAUCCGGCAUCUGUUCGCCCCUCUAAAGGACUACUAUGCUUGUGAAUAACACAUGUAGUCCAUGAUCAGUUAGUCCAAAGUUACACAACAAGCAUAAUAACAAAGUACAAAACCAAAUGUCCUCAAUAAGGAGCUCUUGGAGACUAGCUAAUCUCUACAUUCACAAGGCGAUCUCAGCUUUGCAAAGACAAGGUGAGACAUUGAGCUGACUUGAGGACAAGGGUAGUCUUGACCAUCAUACCAAACUCAAGGUAGACACUGUGUUGUGAUGCUUAGAGCAUCAUUUAGUAAAAACACAGUUAGCUUUUGUACUAGACAUUUUUUAAAUUGAUGUGCCUGUCGAGGUCUUUGAAACUUUCAGGGUUCAUCUCAACACAUACAGUUAGAUUUUAUCCUUUAUUCACAUGAGGGGGAAAAAAACAAAACAAAACAUUGUCCAUGUUGCCUUACAAUCUCAAACAAUUAAAAAAGAAAGUUCAAAAUUUUACAGUGUAUCUGGCUAAAGAAUGUACAAAUGUGCGAUUUCUUAUUAUGUCAAAGAAUCAGUAUACUUGUAUGUGACACAUUUACAUGGUAUUGUUGCUGUGAGAAAAAUACUUGAAAUUUAUCAAUGCAAACAUACAAACACGAAGCCCCGUUCCUGUUUCAUACAGCUUACAUUCCCUCUGAAACAUUGCACAAUAACAGUAUAACCAGAAGGUGUUUUUAUUAGCAGAACUCGAGGGCAUUAGCCUGCUAAACAUUACACGAUUGUUUUCUAGACAAGUAAUUUGUCAAAUAAUUACUCAAGAUAGAAAUCAGUGUACUGUAUUUUAACCUUGAAAUGAAUGUUUACAAACUUUUAACACAUUUCAACACGUUUUUAAGCUUUCUUAUUAUACCUUGAAUUUUUUUUAGAUUGACCUCUGUAAUGAGGCACUGGUGUAGAUGUAAAAUGUUAGCUCUGUAUGGGUUUCUCUCACAUGGAGGCUUUCAUUUGUCUUUGAAACUGUUGUUUUUUUACAUUCUGUUGCUACAAACAAUAACAAACGUAUUAUAUCAUGCAUUGUAUCAUUGUAGCUUAAAACUGAUGCCUCAACUGUCUAAAACACUUAAUGUGUGUUGCCUUUUGAAGAGAAGAGAUACAGCCUGCCAUACUGGGGGUUGCGAAGAAACUUUCUGCUUUUGUUUGAUAGACCUAAUGCUGUAACUGUUUUAUAUGUCUUAUUGUAUGCCUAAUGUAAACUACUGUCCAAACUCAAAGCUUGAAGACUAAAGUAACCUUAAUACUCCAUAUAAGACACGGAACAGAAUUUGUGUUGGAUACCACAUUUAAAUUACAUUUAGCCUGUACACAUCUUGACAGGCAAAAAUGUAUGUAAAACAGUGCAAAAAUGUGCCUACUGUCAUUUGUUUUUCUUAAAGGUUUUUUACUGUAGUGUAAACAAUUUUGAUAUCUUAGCCUUAAUAUUUUGCUUAGUAGAUCUUUAAAUUUGAUAUAUAAAGCUUUUUACUUGUUUAUUUGGUAACAGUGAACAUGUUAACCUAUACAGUUGAACAUUAACAGUGCUUUUAUAGAGUCAAUUGAUAUUUACUUUUUUUUUCUUAGAGUUUUUUGUAUACAAUAUAUUUUCCUUUUGGGACUUAUGGUAUAAAACUCAAAACAGUAACCAAAAAAAUGUUAGUAUCCUGAGCAAAACCAAUAAAGACUCCAAAGCUGUUUCA